UCUAAAUUCUCUUGGUUAUCUUUCUUGUCUUCCUGUUAUUUAACCGCAUUAUAUUUUUCCCAUUACUGAUUUUGUGUGUUUACUGAGAACUCCUCUUCAAGCUUUUGGCCCUUUAGGUUCAGACAGACACAUCUCUUCACGUCACCUAGUACAACACAAUACAGCCAGUAAAGAAUUGUACUUUUGUGUGUUUCGUGAUCUCAAAACUUGUUUGUUGACAACAAAAGGAAAACAAACUUGUUUCUUGGAUUUCUUUUCAUAUUUUUUUUUCCACAAAAUGGGUUCAGAAGAGGGUAGUUCAAUGAUAAGGAAGAUCCUCAAAAGUUUUUGUUGCAGUAAUGGAUGGUCUUAUGGGAUUUUCUGGGGCUUUGAUCCGAAAAAUUUCUUAUUGUUGACAUUUCAAGAUUCAUACUAUGAAGAACAAAUGGGAGAUGUGAUUGAGAAUAUGCUUCUGCAAGUGCACGUAUUUGGUGAAGGGAUAGUUGGCCAAGCUGCAUUCACUAAAUCCCACAGAUGGAUAUUCUCAGAUGCCCAUCAUGAAAGGCAAAAUUCUUUAGGACUGAUUGGGAAUCCUGAGAUUUUCCAGGAUGAUUCAGAAUUCUAUUGCCAGUUCUCUACUGGUAUAAAGGUACCUGAUUUAUUNAAGUACUAA